GUUCUUUAUUGCAAGUUUGUAACACCCAGCGCAGCCUCUCUCUCUCUCUCGUCCCAACUUUGAAAACCAUUUCGCCGUUCUCCGAUAUCCAACGGACCCCGGACUCGCACCGGAAGGGUGAGCUCUCGCCUUCCCUAUCUGAUCUCCCGCUCUCUCGUUACGAGUCGGCCUCUUGAAUUUUCCUUGCGGUCUGUUCGGUUCCCGAGAAUUUGUGUGAGAAAACCAUGACAAGUACGAGUCUUGAUCUCAGUUUCCUGAAUUCACGCUCUUCACUCGUCUUCACACCACUACUCGCGGCCGUUUCCCGUUGCGCACGAGCUUUGUAUUUCUCUAACAGUUUUAUUUUCUCGGGAACCCAACAGACGAUUUCGGGAGGAAGUUGUUGAUUGAAGCUUCGUACGGGACUCUUAAUUUCACAUGUAAAUUUCAUUCGAUUCAGGUUUGUAGACUUCUCUGACCGUAGUCCAAAAUCUUUUCCUGUACUGUGUUGUUCUGUAUGAUUCAAGCGAAAAGGAAUUCUAGCAGUCAUGGCAUCAAGAUCUUCCACAAACCUUUUUGAUUGGGCAUAUGGCGGCCUUUUGGAUAUUCCUUGUACUCCAAGGGCUCUUCCAAGGGUGAUGACUGUUCCUGGUAUUAUAUCAGAUGUGGAUAGUUAUAGCAAUGAUGAUGAUUCAUAUUCUAGUUCAUCCGCCUGUCGUGAGAGGAAAAUUGUUGUGGCAAAUAUGUUACCAUUACAUGCUAAAAGGGAUCCAGAAACGAAGAAAUGGCGUUUCAGUUUGGAUGAGGAUUCAAUUUUGUUACAUUUAAAGGAUGGGUUUUCAUCUGAAAGUGAGGUUGUUUAUGUGGGGUCUCUCAAGGCUGAAAUAGAUGCCAGCGAACAAGAAGAAGUUGCGCAGAAACUGCUGGAGGAAUUCAAUUGUGUGCCAACUUUUCUGCCCAGUGAUCUCCAGAAGAAGUUUUAUUUGGGGUUCUGUAAGCAGCAAUUGUGGCCCCUUUUUCAUUACAUGCUGCCCAUGUGUCCAGACCAUGGAGAUCGCUUUGACCGCUCGCUGUGGCAGGCCUAUGUAUCUGCCAACAAAAUAUUUGCGGACAAGGUGAUGGAAGUUAUUAAUCCCGAGGACGAUUGUGUCUGGGUUCAUGAUUAUCACUUAAUGGUUCUCCCAACAUUUUUGAGGAAGCGGUACUACCGAGUAAAGCUUGGGUUCUUCCUUCACAGCCCGUUUCCGUCAUCAGAAAUUUAUCGAACUUUGCCUGUCCGAGAUGAAAUUUUGAGGGGUUUGCUAAAUUGUGAUCUAAUUGGGUUUCAUACAUUUGAUUAUGCGCGUCACUUCCUCUCAUGCUGCAGUAGAAUGCUGGGGCUGGACUAUGAAUCAAAGCGAGGGCAUAUUGGGCUUGAUUAUUUUGGCCGCACAGUGUACAUUAAAAUUCUGCCUGUAGGUGUUCAUAUGGGUCGGCUUGAAUUUGUGUUGAAUCUUCCCGAUACAACUGCCAAAAUUAAAGAGAUUCAAGAGCAGUACAAGGGGAAAAAACUGAUUCUUGGCAUUGAUGACAUGGAUAUAUUUAAAGGAAUCAGCUUAAAGUUUCUAGCUUUGGAACAACUCUUACAGCAGAAUUCGGAGUUGCAGGGCAACAUAGUACUUGUUCAAAUUAUAAAUCCCGCAAGGGGAUCAGGGAAAGAUGUACAGGAAGCAAAGAGUGAGACAUACUUGACUGCCAGAAGGAUAAAUGAGGCUUAUGGUUCACCUAAUUAUGAGCCAGUGGUUCUGAUUGAUCGUCAUGUUCCUCAAUACGAGAAGACAGCGUAUUAUGCAGUAGCAGAAUGUUGUAUAGUGAAUGCUGUGAGGGAUGGAAUGAACUUAGUUCCUUACAAGUAUAUUGUUUGCAGGCAGGGAACACCUCCCAUGAAUGAAGCUUUAGGCGUGACAGCAGAUUCUCCUCAGACAAGCAUGCUUGUUGUGUCUGAAUUUAUUGGUUGCUCACCUUCUUUAAGUGGAGCAAUCAGGGUUAACCCUUGGGACAUUGAUGCUGUGGCUGAUGCCUUGAACUCGGCAAUCACCAUGCCUAAAUCAGAGAAACAGUUACGUCAUGAGAAACACUAUCGUUAUGUUAGUUCUCAUGAUGUGGCUUAUUGGGCGCGAAGCUUUGCACAGGAUUUGGAUAGAGCAUGCCGAGAUCAUUAUAGUAAACGAUGCUGGGGCAUUGGAUUGGGCUUGAGAUUUAGAGUGGUUUCCCUUUCGCCGAACUUUAGAAAGUUGUCUAUAGACCAUAUUGUUUCGGCAUACAAAAGAACAAGCAGAAGGGCCAUAUUUCUGGACUAUGAUGGGACUGUUAUUCCCGAAGCUUCCAUUAUUAAGGCCCCUAGCCCAGAAGUCCUCGCUCUUAUGAAUUCCCUGUGUAAGGAUCCGAAGAACACUGUUUUCAUUGUUAGUGGGAGGGGACGGACUUCUUUGAGCGAUUGGUUUGCCUCAUGUGAGACGCUUGGAAUUGCUGCUGAACAUGGGUACUUCUUAAGGUGGAAUAGAAGUUCCGAGUGGGAAACCAGUCCUGUUGGUGCCGAUCUGGAUUGGAAAGAAAUUGUGGAGCCUGUGAUGAGAUUGUAUACAGAGGCAACGGACGGCUCCAACAUAGAAAGUAAAGAGAGCGCUUUGGUAUGGCAUCACCAAGAUGCAGACCCCGACUUUGGAUCCUGUCAAGCCAAGGAAUUGUUGGAUCAUCUGGAAAAUGUUCUUUCGAACGAACCAGCAGUUGUUAAGAGGGGCCAGCAUAUUGUUGAAGUUAAGCCACAGGGAGUAAGCAAAGGAUUGGUUGCUGAAAAAAUUCUUUCGAGAAUGGUCACCGAUGGAAAGGCACCCGAUUUUGUGAUGUGCAUUGGGGAUGACAGAUCUGAUGAGGACAUGUUCGAGAGCAUAUUAAGAACAGUUUCUUGUCCAUCCUUGCCUUCUCCUCCCGAGAUAUUUGCCUGCACCGUCGGAAGAAAGCCAAGCAAGGCCAAGUACUACCUCGAUGAUGCCAGUGACGUUGUGAAACUACUUCAAGGCCUUGCUACUGCUUCGAGUCCAAAGCCAAGGCAUCUCCCCCAUGUCCAGGUUUCUUUCGAAAGCGUCUAUUGAUUUGAACAGUCACUGUAUACUUGAAGUCCAGGAGGAAGUUUGGGAUUCUCUUUAACCUCGGAAGUGGUUCGAUGCGAAUGUGAAGACGGUAACUUUUGAGUACAUGUCGGGAUCGUGGACUUACCAUUCUUGUUUUGUACAUGGGGACAUCAAUAUGGUAUUUAUCGGUGCCCGGUAAAAAAGAGUAACCAGAUGUUUACUGUUUUUUAUCGUUCGCGGGCACCAUUUAACUUGUAUAGAUACAAUGUUCUUUGUCGCAAUAGGUAAUGUCUGGCUCGAUCCAUCCUAAUUGUUAACUUCAGUUUCAGGUAUAUCAAAAUGUCAACAUUUUCGUA